GAGGAAGGGGAGUGGUAGGGGAAAGGGGAAAUCUUCAACAAUGACUUCAUUAACAUGAUGCCCAACAUGACCAGCACGACUGGACUCUACUGCUCUACUGCUACAACUCUGGAUAUGUGACUUUUGGAUUUAAUUCCCUGCUUUCGUCUGAUUCUACUCUUGGGGGGAAACAUGGAAACCUGCUGAAGUUUCAUCCAUCAAACACUUCAGAAGCAUGUUGAUCACAAAGAUUGAAGCCAAGGAGGCCUGUGAUUGGCUGCGAGCCGCCGGCUUCCCCCAGUAUGUGCAAUUAUUCAAAGACUGCAGGUUCCCCAUCGACGUCGAGCGGGCGAAGCGCGAUCACCACUUCCUGGAUAAGGACGCCCUCGACUCGCUCUGCAGGAGAUUAAUCACUUUAAACAAAUGCGUGGAAAUGAGGCUGGAGCCGCGGAGAUCAAAACGCCGGGGAGACGACUGCGACGAGGAAGACUUCUGCGCCAUCAGCCCCAAUUGGACCUACGACCGGCGGACGCGACAGUGGCGCCGCCUCGACACCACCGUGGACAUCCUUCGCUUGCCCGACAGCCCGACCCGGCCCAGCGACCGCCACGAUGUCUGCUCCAUCCACAGCUCCAGCAGCACCGAGAGCGAAGGCCACGAUGGCCACCACAAGAGUCCCAGAGAACCGGCCACCGCCUCCACCACGGUCACCGCCACGGACGACCAGGAGACCAGUAGGAGCUCCUCCCGCUGCUCCUCCACAAACAAGACCCUGUCCCUGGACACUUCCUUCAGUGGACCCCCCUCUCCCGGAGGAAGUGGUGGAGGAUCGUCCACCAUGAGUCUGGAGGCUGAGGGAUCCUUCCCAGACAAACCACCCAGGAAGAAGGGCACCACUCUGCUGAGGAAGAUGGAGAAACUGAGGCUGAGGGGAACAGCCAGCUUCCUCUUGUCCGAUCAUAGCGGUGGGAGCGGCAGGCGUCUUAUAAGUGAACCGGUUCUGGUCCAAGAAGAGGAGCCGUCAAGUCUGCAGGAUCGAUCCGGCAGCCAAACGUCUUCGUCGCCUUCGUCUCCUCACACCACCAGCAGCGGCAGCAGCAGUAACAGCCAAUCAGAGAGCAGCAGCGCGGUGAGCACGCCCAGUCCGGUCACCCGGGUCAGGAGCAACUGCAAACGCUCCAACAGUGGUGUUGGCGAUGCAACCAGUCGGAACAACCAGAACCACACAGGAAUGGAGGACUACAGGAACCAGAUCAACAACAACAACAACAGCAGCCACGAGAACCUGGUCUUCCAGAUCCCCCACGGACACAAACCGGGAACCUUCCCCACCUCGCUCAUGCACAAACACGCCAUCCUGUCGCCCAUCAUCGACAACACCUCCGUCAACUGGAGGACCGGCAGCUUCCACGGUUACCGGGCGCGACACAGCUGCCGUCGGGGCAUGUCGUCUCUGGCCGGCGGCGACCGGGGCCUCGCCUCGCCGUCAUCGUCCUGUGACGUCCCCAGUCCACUCGCUCUGCUGGACCACCGGCUGAGCGUCUACGACAACGUACCCAACGACCAGCAGCUGUCUGAAAGCGAAGGAGGCAGCGGCGGGAGUGGCAGCGAGGAGUCGGAGGUGAGUCAACUGCUGGCAGGUGAGGACGUUUUCUCGGCUCUGGACAGCGUUUUGGAGAGAAUCAGCGACCUCCAACAACUGGUGUCCACCUGGUCUGAAAAUCUAUCCGAAGACGACUGUCAAAGAGGCUCCUCCUCUUCUUCUACUUCCUCCCAAGACUCACCUGCCCACGGCUCCUCAGCCGCCUCACCCUGCCCGUCCUCCCCCAGCCACAUCCACCUGGAGGUGCAGCAUCGGGAGGAGGCGGACGACUGCGAGAAGACACCUGUGAACGGGGAGGAGUCCAAGACCAGAUCACCACAACCAAGGAGCAGCAGGGUGAGCCAGCAGCUGCACUGGUCCAGCGAGCAAAGCCUGCCUUCCCUGCCCUCCAGUCCAGGGGUGGAGAACCAGUCUGCCUCCCAGUUCCUGCUGCUCCAGAAACUCUCGCUGCUCAAACUCACCGCUCUGAUGGACAAAUACUCCCCGUCCAGCAAGCAGGGCUGGAACUGGACUGUUCCCAAACCGCUGAGGAAAACCAAGGCGACGGAGGUGAAAGGCCGGCGGGUGUUCGGGGUUCCUCUGCUGCUCAGCGUCCAGCAGACCGGAGAGCCGCUGCCUCCGAGCAUCCUCAGAGCGCUGGUGUACCUGAGGACCGAGUGUUUGGACCAGGUGGGUCUUUUCCGGAAGUCAGGGGUGAAGUCUCGUAUCCAGUUCCUCCGUGAGAUGGUGGAGUCCGACCCAGACGGCGUUUCGUACGACGGUCAGUCGGCCUUCGACGUGGCCGACAUGGUGAAGCAGUACUUCAGAGACCUACCUGAACCCGUCUUCACCAGCAAACUGUGCGAGUCCUUCCUCCACAUCUACCAAUAUUUUCCGAAGGAUCAGCAGCUGGUUGCGGCUCAGGCGGCCAUCUUGCUGCUUCCCGACGAGAACAGGGAGGCGCUCCGAACGCUGCUCUUCUUCCUGCGCGACGUCGUUUCCUGCGUGGACGAGAACCAGAUGACUCCCACCAACAUCGCCGUCUGCUUGGCGCCGUCGCUUUUCCACCUCAACACCCUGAAGAGAGACGCCAACGCUGCCAGGUCCAGGAAGUACAGUCUGGGCCGGCCGGACCAGCGGGACCUGAGUGAGAACCUUGCCGCCACCCAGGGCCUGGCCAACAUGAUCACCGAGGCCCAGAGGCUGUUCCAGCUUCCAGAGUUUUGGCCUGGCCAGAGUUUAGGUGCUGCAGGCGUCGCUGAGGACUCCCACUGUGAGGAGUCUGGAGGAGGUCCGGCUCCUCCCAGUCAGAAUGGAGGUUCAGAGGAGGAGCAGCUGGAGGAGAGGAGGAACAAGCUGCAGCUGAGCACCCAGCAGCUCCUGAAGGAAGCCCGGGAGAAGAGUCGAGGCUGGGAGAGCCAUCCAGCUCCGGAGGGCGUGGAGCUGGCCUCCAAGAAGGUGGACGACGGCUGCCCGCUGUGGAUGUGGCGAGGCUCUGUGGAGGUGGACGCCCCCCAGAUCGAGCUGCUCCACCGCCUGCUGAGGGAGCAGCAGCUGUGGGAGGGAAAUCUGCGUCACGCUGCCGUCAUCCAGACCUUGUCCAAGGACGCCGACGUGUACCGAUGCCUCCUCCAGGGCCGCGGCCACGAGCUAGGCUCCCAGCCGCUGCAGGAGCACCUGCUGCUCAGGACGUGGCAGGCCGACCCGUCGUCCAGCCCUCUGUUCCUGUCCUCGGUGUCCACGGACCACCCCGAGGUCCUGGUGGACGGAGUCCGGGUCCACGUCCACUGCUGCCUCUACCUGCUGGAGCCCACCGGAGCCAGGAAGACCCGGCUGACGCACCUGUGUCAAACCGAUACCAGGUGAGAGGGAGUUUUAAAACCUUGCGAGGAGGUGGGGGAGGAAAGCAGAGUUAUUAAAGCAGAUUGCAAUCC